CUAGAAUCCCAACUUCUCAAUAAGGUUUACUUCCUUCUCUAAACUCUUAAGUAGCAUCUCUCUCUCUCUCUCUCUCUCUCUCUCUCUCUCUAGCCCACACCCUCACCCUCCACUGCUUUUGAACCUCCUUAUCUCUCCACAAAAUUGUUUACACAGAAACUAGAAAGAAAAAAAAGUAGACACAGGACUCCUCAACAGAGAUUCAAAUCUGUGAGUGGUUAGAACAUCAUUGAGCCAUGGAUACCCUACAGCUCCCAAAGAAGAAAGAGAAAGUUGCAGACAAGGAAGAAGAAGAAGAAGUAGAAGAAGAAAGACCAAAACAGCAAGGGGUAGUAAAAGACAGACAACCAACAAGGCAACAACAGUCAUCCAUCUCCACCACCUCCAGUACUUCUCCAACUUCGGCUUCCUCCUCUCCUUCUCAUGAAUUCUCCUUCACAAUCUCUCUUCAUCCUUCAUCGACCACCACCAUGACACCUGACAAGGCAAACAAGUCCCAUCCGUCGUCAUUCGCGAUCGACCUUUCUCCGGCGGACGACAUUUUCUUCCAUGGACACCUCCUCCCUCUCCAUCUCCUCUCCCACCUCCCCGUCUCUCCUCGUUCCUCCACCAAUUCCUUCGACAGUUUCAAUCUUCCCAUCAAAGAUGUAUUAGAAGAUUCCAAACCCAAAACUAGCAGUAGCAGCAACAGCAGCAGCACUAGUAGCAGCUCCACCUCCACCACCACCACCACCACCAGUGGGACGAAAGGAAGAAGCAAUAAGCUUAAGACUCUUUCUUUAUUUGGACUUUCUAAAUGGCAAAAAGGGUGCGAGGUCAGCGAGAGAGAUGAUGACGAAGCCGCCACCACCGCCGACGACGGCGAGAAGAAAAAGAAGAAGAGGAAAAUAAGAUUUGAUGUGGGUCACAUUCUAAAGAGGUACGUAAGGAUGGUCAGACCACUCUUGCUCUUCAGUAGUGGGAGGAAGGAGAAUAAGCGUCAGCUCCUUAGGCAGCAGCCUCAUUCGUUUUCUGGUAACCUAAGUUGGAGAGGUAAUAACUGUAACCAAGAGAUGAGAAGGGGAAGAAGAGGAGGAGGAGGAGGAGGAGCAGGAGGAGGAGCAGGAGGAGGAUUCUCAGCUCCAGCUUCUAUAAGGACUUCUCCUUCAAACAGUGGCCUUCUUCUUGCAACUGAGAUUCUUCCAUCUCAUACAACUGACAGCACCAUGGAAGAACUGCAUAAUGCAAUCCAAGCUGCAAUCGCUCACUGCAAGAAUUCCGUUGCCAUGAAAGAGGAGAAGCUCAAAUUCUAAGGUUAACUAAUGGGUUCUGAUUAAGAUUUCUUUCUUUAUUUUCCCCCUUUUAAUUUGAUAGUAUGUUCUACCAAAAGAUAGUAUCUUUUUUAUUUUAUUUUCUUCUGUUUUCUCCUUCCACCUCUCUGUAAAGUAUAGGAGAUUGUUAACAUGUAAGAACAUGUAAGGAAGUACAUAAGAAAUCGGAUAUGGGUUACACAGGAUUAUAAUUAUUAUUAUUAUUAUAA